GUGCCCGCGUUUUCCUAGCCAGGACUUGGAGUGCGCACUGUCUUUGCUGUUUUUACUCCCCUAAAAUGGUUCCUAUUGUCGGACUGAUAGCAAAGUCUGCCGUGAACACUCCCCGUCUGCUCUAUCGGUACCUGUUCAGGUGCUGUGACAGACUUCCUGAAGACGCAAAAGGUCACUACAAACACCACGUCCGACAGGGGUUCAACAGCCAUGAAGAUGAGACGGAUCCUGAGAGAAUUCAGCAGAUCAUCAAGAAAGCCCUCGAGGAUGCAGACUGGAUCCUUAACAAGUACAAAGUUGAAACCAGUUCCUGA